GGGCGUUUGACUGGCUUUUGUGCCUGUCCUGAUGCCAUUCCCACUGCCUCGCACUCGUAUCUCAGGCAGGAACAACGACACUAGCACGGCCUGGUUGAUGUUCUACGGGCGUGCCUUGGUCAAAGGGCCAGACGUCUUUGCAUGGCGCCCCCUGGGCAGCUUGUCCAUGCCGCCCGCCGCAUGGAUGCUUGAAGUGCGUGACAACUUUGCCCGUCUGAUGAGCCAUGCCUCUAUCGGGAGGGUUAUCACGCCAGAACCCCCCAAGAUAUCGCCCAAGAUUGGCAGCACGUCUAGUAAAUAAGCCAGCUGACAGGCCAUGAGCUGCGCAUGGUUUGAUGACCUGCGCUGCCCUGCCGCCAUCCAAGUCUUGAAGUCCCCUCCCCCCCCCACUCCCCCCUUGAUACCGUUGCAUCAAGAGAAUUGACAGCCCUGCAACGAUCACCAAGACCCUGACGGCCCCGGCCCUGCCUGAUAGUGAUCCGACGUAGGUACAGGAGAUGGCGCCAACAAAAUCGACGUGGCGUAUCUCGGCCGGCGAGUUGACUGAUCACUUGCCCGCCAUGUGUCGUGGGGGUGCGGCGUUCCGCCAAGGAGCAUCGUCCCUUCAGCCCCACCAUCCGAGCGUACAUAUUCGUCUUGCUUCGACGCCUCCGCCACCAGCCGCACUGUCGCUGGGCUAUCGUGUCGCGAAAUGGGUGAUGCCUGGCCCCUGUGAAGGGACCGAUUCAGCCAGCUGCUCGCAACAGGCUUGACUCCUGAAGCAACGGAGUCGCGUGCCCUGAACCGGUACUGGACAGGCUGACGGUCCAUCCAAUGGUCAGCCGAAGAGGGUUUUCAGCACACUUUGCCGCGCCCGUGCGAGCAAUGCCAGCCAGCUGCCAGCUAGUAAGCGAGGUGAAGAUCACCGUCAUCAAGAUCAGGCGAACAGCGGGGCGACGGAAGAGGCCCAGACGGUCCGGCUCCGAUGGCGAGAUGCCUUGAUGUCUCGGCAAAGGGCGUGCCCGGGCAAUGAGGCCAGGCUGUCUGUACACAGUCAGUCAUUUCCAUGUUCACAAGCAAGCGAGAUUUCCUGGAUACUCUUCUGCCACCGCGCCCCUGAGAUUACGAAACAGAGCGCCCGUCGAUCCAGAAUAAUCCCCAGCGAUGGGCUCCUCCUCCCUUGUGUGUAGAGAGCUGUGCCGUCACACAGAGGCCCGCUAGCAUUCGAGACCCGCAAUGCAUAGUUGGCGAAGGUUGGAGGAUCCGGCUCAGAGCGUGUGCAGGCCGUGCGCGGCUGAACGUUGAAGCAAAAUUCAGGGACUCUGCUGGUCAGUUGACCCAGCGCCUGAGCGCACAAACCGCUUGAGCCAUUGCCGCCAACGGUAAGCGCGUCUCGCUUGUACUGGCCGACCUUGACAGGGCCAACACUCGGAUGGUUGUGGUGGAAGGGAACACGUUUGCGCGCAGCUGCCAACAUUUCCACAGCACUCGCUGUGUGAGCUUGCUGGGUGCUCGAGGCAGUGAGGGCGAAUCCAGCGAUGUAUGGAGACGACUGCAAAAUGUUGCAGGGAGUCCACAAAAGUCCUGCGGAAAUCUAAACCCAGGAGCCGACCGGAUUGUUCAUGAUGCUCGGCUGCAUGAUCCUCCCAAGUCUCUGACACGUUGGACCUGCAUUGGGCCCCGCCUGCACCCCGUCUUCGCACAGCAGGCUGCAGACGGCAGCCUCCUCUCACAAAUCCCACGACUAGACCCACACAUGAGCCUAGCCAGCAGUGGGUGCCGGGGCUUUGGCAGCCGGCCCGAGGGUGCUUCUCAUCAUGUCGAGUCGCGAGAGCCGACGAUCGGAGGUGAACAAGUCAAUAUCGAUGGACUGGGUUGGUGA